UCCUUUCCUCUCUUCAUCCAUCGCGCCCUCAUUUAUCCUUUGUGCGCUACUAAAACCAUCCACAUCUCGCCUUGGCAGGGGGUUUGGUAGCUAGCGCUUCCUCGCAUCUUGCUCAUCUACCGCACUGGGAUCUCCCUGUUCGCAUUCGUUUCUUCUCUGCGGUUGUGGGAGCAUUUCCAGGAACCGGCCACUCAGCUGCGCGCAAUUAUACGAGGCUGUUCAACCGAUAUUCUCACCCGUUACUCUACCUCUGUCAAUCGUUCAGUCGCUUGAAUCACUGCAUUCUAGUCCACCCACCGCGCGAUCAAUUCGCCCACCCUCUUCUUGCCUAUGCGAUAGAAAAAGGCUAUGUCUCUACCUCAGCGUCCGGGGAAAGCCUCCCCGCGACGAGAAGAUACCUACUCCUCUUUUCGAGAGUCCUCCCGCCGACGGCAUCGCACCCACGAGAGCGGCCGCUACCAUGAUUCAUCGGCCGAAUCCCCAUCAGGGCACCGGCACCAUCGCCAUCACCGCUCACGCAGCUCCCGAAGACGCGACGACGUGGACGAAGAGAGGGGAGAAGUGGGCGCAGAAUCAAGACACAAGAAGACUCUAUCGAAGCCGGAACGCAGUCGGGUCGACCAUAACCAUCCGCACUAUCAUUAUCGCCAGAAAUCUCAGAAUAUGCCCACGCAGCCAUCGACGACCGGGGAUGAGCCCCUAAUGGGAGCAGACGGGGAGGCGGAGACAAACAGCUCGCAGAGCAUGGACUACAAAGGAAAGGAUAGGGUGUAUGUGACGGAGGGAAAUAUCAACCAGCCCCUAGAACGCCUUCCAAAUCGACGUCGCAUCAAGAAACGGCGAUCAUCACGCAAGAUUACCCGAAGAGCAGCGGCAGCGGAGAGGAAGCGCCAGGAGGCCUUGGAACAAGUUCGGCCACCCAGCCCGUGGACAACAUACUGCGCGAUUAUUACCUUCUGGGCUCCCGACUUCAUCUUGAAGUGCUUUGGAAUGCCCAAGAAAGCCCAGCGGAGUGCCUGGCGAGAGAAGAUUGGCCUCAUCAGUCUCAUUCUACUCGUCGGAGCAUUCGUUGGUUUUCUGACGUUUGGAUUCACAGCGACCGUGUGCGGAACCCCUCCCACACGCCUGAGGAUUAAUGAGGUCAGUAGCAACUACAUGAUCUUCCACGGCAAGGCCUACGAUCUAUCCCACUCCACUCACCCGGCCGCUGCUGGUAUCCCUGCCGGUUCCAAUGUCCUCUGGGAUCUGCCCCACAAGUACGGAGGACAGGACGGAAGUUUCUUCUUCCAAGAAGUCAAUGGGGCGUGCAAGAAUCUAAUCACCCUUGCCGACGGAUCGGAUGUGCCUACCAAUUCAGCCGGCGACCUCGCCUGGUACUUUCCCUGUCACGCUUUCAAUCAAGAUGGGUCGUCCAAGCCGAACAAGACGGUGGAUUACUACCUUGGCUGGGCCUGUCAUACGUCGGGGACGGCUCGGAAAGCCUUUUAUAACUUGAACAGCGCCGGAGACGUGUACUUCACGUGGGAUGACACCAAAAAUACGAGCCGAAACCUUGCCGUUUACGAUGGCGACGUACUCGAUCUGGAUCUUUUGGAAUGGUUCAACGCAUCUCAGGUGAACUGGCCAUCAAAAUUCGAUGAGCUUCGCGAGAAUUCCAAGGUCCGUGGGGUCGACCUCACGUACUAUCUGCAAACGGGCCAGGAAAAGAGGAUCGGCCAGUGUCUGUCGCAGAUCAUCAAGGUCGGCAGUAUAGACACUGAUACGGUUGGAUGUAUCGCAUCAAAGGUCGUCCUAUACGUCUCGUUGAUUUUCAUCUUGUCCAUCGUUGUGGUAAAGUUCAUUUUCGCUCUGCUCUUCCAGUGGUUUAUCUCCGCUCGCUACGCUGCACCCAGGACCAGUAUGGGCUCCGACUCCAAGACACGGAACCAGCAAAUCGAGGACUGGGCCAACGAUAUUUAUCGACCUGGUCCGCGCAUGACGGAUUACAGUAUGGUGGAAAGGGGCACCAAACGGGCAAGCUUCCUGCCGACUACCUCUCGCUUCUCCAGCCCGUACACUGUGAGCAACGGAGGCAAGCAGAAACAUCAGUACGUCACGAUGGCGAGCCAAAAUUCAACAACACGCCUAGUGCCAGGUGCCACCAACUCGAUGUACAAGCAAAGCCACAACAGUAGCGGGGGGAGCAUCGGGCCCGAUGGCUCACGCCACAAUGGAUCAGCCAGUCGAUCAAGUCUGGCCCUUCCCGGACAGGACUCACGGUACUCAACUGCCAUGCUCGAAUCAGAAGCUCCGGGGAUGGGCGGGUAUGUCCACGAGGGUGUGAUCCCGCAGCCACCGCCGGAAUGGCAACCCUACGGGUUUCCUCUCGCCCACUCACUCUGCCUGGUAACCUGUUACUCGGAAGGUGAAGAGGGCAUCCGCACUACAUUGGACUCCAUCGCCAUGACCGAUUAUCCGAACAGCCAUAAGACUAUCCUCGUGAUCUGCGAUGGAAUGAUCAAAGGAAAGGGUGAGGAGUUCUCCACCCCAGAGAUUGUCCUAGGAAUGAUGAAAGAUCCCAUCAUCCCCAAGGAUGAAGUGAAGUCAUUCUCAUAUGUUGCCGUUGCCACCGGGUCGAAGCGUCACAACAUGGCAAAGGUGUAUGCCGGGUUUUAUGAUUACGGCGUGGACUCCGUUAUUUCAGAGGAAAAACAGCAGCGCGUCCCGAUGAUGGUUAUUGUAAAAAGCGGCACUCCAUCCGAAGCAAACAAGUCAAAGCCGGGAAAUCGGGGCAAGCGAGACAGUCAGAUCAUUCUGAUGUCCUUCCUCCAAAAGGUCAUGUUCGACGAACGGAUGACAGAACUUGAAUACGAAAUGUUCAACGGCUUAUGGCAGGUGACCGGCAUCUCUCCUGAUUUCUAUGAAGUCAUUCUCAUGGUCGAUGCCGACACCAAGGUGUUCCCCGACAGUUUGACCCAUAUGAUUGCUGCGAUGGUCAAGGAUCCGGAGGUAAUGGGACUGUGUGGUGAAACGAAGAUUGCCAACAAGACAGACAGCUGGGUGACGAUGAUCCAAGUGUUUGAGUAUUUCAUCUCGCAUCAUCAAGCCAAGGCCUUUGAAUCGGUGUUUGGUGGUGUUACGUGUCUUCCCGGGUGCUUCUCGAUGUAUCGGAUCAAAGCACCAAAGGGUGGUCAGAACUAUUGGGUUCCGAUUCUGGCGAGUCCUGAUGUGGUGGAGCAUUACUCGGAGAAUGUGGUCGAUACGCUGCACAAGAAGAAUUUGCUUCUGCUAGGUGAAGAUCGGUAUUUAUCGACACUGAUGCUACGUACCUUUCCCAAGCGAAAGCAGAUUUUUGUGCCCCAGGCUGUCUGCAAGACGCAGGUGCCGGACAAAUUCAUGGUUCUACUCUCACAGCGACGACGCUGGAUCAACAGUACCGUGCACAACUUGAUGGAGCUGGUCCUGGUACGAGACUUGUGCGGGACAUUUUGCUUCAGUAUGCAGUUCUGCAUCUUCAUUGAGUUGAUUGGCACGCUCGUGCUUCCGGCAGCCAUUGCUUUUACCUUUUACGUGGUCAUAAACUCGAUCGUGCACAGGCCAGUACAAGUGAUUCCGCUGGUACUGCUUGCUCUGAUCCUGGGAUUGCCGGGAGUGUUGAUUGUGGUAACGGCGCACAAGUUUGUGUAUGUGCUGUGGAUGUUUAUAUAUUUGCUAUCCUUGCCAGUGUGGAACUUUGUACUACCAACGUACUCGUACUGGAAGUUUGACGACUUCAGCUGGGGCGACACGCGGCAGACGUCCGAAGGGAAGGACAAGGGGCACGAAGCAGGGGAAGGAGAGUUUGACAGCAGCAAGAUCACAAUGAAGCGGUGGCGAGACUUUGAAAAGGAUCGCCGACUGCGCAUGCAGAUGUCGGGCUGGGGCCAGGCUCCGGGGCCGGGAGGGUACUCAACCUAUCAAGACCCCUAUGGGGGGCAUUAACCAUUGUGGUUGAUUAUUUUGACUGUAUAUUUCGGAUGUUUGAUGAGUUACGACGGAUUGUACUAUUGUAAUUUUCUGUUUCUUUGCCGCCAGCUGGGGUCAG